UGUUGUGCUUGCUGUAAAAACAAAAAUUUAGAAACCGGACCGCGUCGGGUCUGUGCACGUCGGUUACUUUCUUCUCCGAGAAUUCAUGAGAAAUCCACUAUAAAAACUGACUAAACUCUGCAAAGUGUAUUAAUUACCCGCAGAAAUGUAUGACACUGAAGAAGAUCAAUUCGAAGAUGAAGAAGGUGAGGAUAUCAGCUCUGAACUAUGGCAGGAAGCCUGCUGGAUUGUCAUCAACGCAUAUUUCGACGAAAAAGGUCUCGUCCGACAACAACUGGACAGUUUUGAUGAAUUCAUUCAGAUGUCUGUCCAGAGAAUUGUUGAAGAUUCACCACAAAUUGAUUUACAAGCAGAAGCACAGCAUACCAGUGGAGAAAUUGAAAAUCCUCCAAGAUAUUUGUUUAAAUUUCAACAAAUUUACUUAUCAAAACCAACCCAUUGGGAAAAAGAUGGUGCACCAUCACCCAUGAUGCCUAAUGAAGCCAGAUUAAGAAAUUUAACUUAUUCCGCCCCGUUGUACGUGGAUAUCCGUAAAACCAUCGUCAAAGAAAACGAAGAACCAAUCAUAACUGAACACGAAAAAACAUUCAUUGGCAAAAUUCCAAUUAUGUUGAGAUCCACUUAUUGCUUACUCUCUGGAUUAACAGAUCGUGAUUUAACUGAGUUGAACGAAUGCCCGCUUGAUCCAGGCGGUUAUUUUAUCAUCAACGGCUCUGAAAAAGUUCUAAUCGCCCAAGAAAAAAUGGCGACGAAUACAGUUUAUGUAUUCGCAAUGAAAGACGGAAAAUACGCAUUCAAAGCAGAAAUCCGCUCAUGUUUAGAACACAGUUCCAGACCUACAAGCACCCUCUGGGUAAACAUGAUGGCUCGUGGUGGUCAAGCUAUCAAAACAGCAAUCGGUCAAAGAAUCAUCGCUAUCUUACCGUACAUCAAACAGGAAAUCCCAAUCAUGAUUGUUUUCCGUGCUUUGGGUUUCGUCGCCGAUCGAGAUAUCCUCGAACACAUCAUCUACGACUUCGACGAUCCAGAAAUGAUGGAAAUGGUCAAACCAUCCCUUGAUGAAGCUUUUGUUAUCCAAGAACAAAACGUUGGGUUAAACUUUAUUGGAGCCAGAGGUGCACGACCGGGUGUAACUCGUGAAAAACGUAUUAAAUACGCAAGAGAAAUCUUACAGAAAGAAAUGUUACCGCAUGUCGGCGUGUCCGAUUUCUGCGAAACGAAAAAAGCUUACUUUUUGGGUUACAUGGUUCAUAGAUUAUUACUAGCAGCGUUAGGUCGUCGUGAGUUAGAUGAUCGUGAUCACUACGGUAACAAACGCCUGGAUCUCGCUGGUCCGCUACUCGCGUUCCUUUUUAGAGGAUUAUUCAAGAAUUUAAUCAAAGAGGUGCGAAUGUUUGCGCAGAAAUUCAUCGAUCGCGGAAAAGAUUUCAAUUUUAGUUUAGCCAUUAAAACCAAAUUAAUCACUGAUGGGUUGAGGUAUUCUCUUGCUACUGGUAACUGGGGUGAUCAAAAGAAAGCGCAUCAGGCACGUGCUGGUGUAUCCCAGGUAUUGAAUAGACUUACAUUCGCUUCGACAUUGUCACAUUUACGUCGCGUUAACUCACCGAUUGGUCGUGAUGGUAAACUGGCUAAACCACGUCAGUUACACAACACUUUAUGGGGUAUGAUUUGCCCAGCGGAGACACCCGAAGGCGCUGCUGUAGGUUUAGUAAAAAAUCUCGCGUUGAUGGCUUAUAUUUCCGUCGGUUCGCAACCAUCACCUAUUCUUGAGUUCUUGGAAGAAUGGUCGAUGGAGAAUCUUGAAGAAAUUGCACCUUCAGCCAUUGCAGACGCGACGAAAAUCUUCGUCAAUGGAUGCUGGGUAGGUAUCCAUAGAGAUCCCGAACAGUUAAUGGCUACUUUACGUAAACUACGUCGACAGAUGGACAUCAUCGUGUCUGAAGUAUCCAUGAUUCGUGAUAUUCGUGACAGAGAGAUACGAAUCUACACUGAUGCGGGUCGUAUUUGUCGUCCGUUGUUAAUCGUAGAAAAUGGUACUCUGCUACUAAAGAAAAGACAUAUUGACAUGUUAAAAGACAGAGAAUACAAUUACGGAUGGCAAGUAUUAGUUGCAUCAGGUGUGGUUGAAUAUAUUGAUACUCUAGAAGAAGAAACAGUGAUGAUUGCAAUGUCUCCAGAAGAUCUCCGCCAGGAAAAAGAUUGUGCUUAUUGUACAACAUACACACAUUGUGAGAUUCACCCGGCGAUGAUUCUCGGCGUGUGUGCGUCGAUUAUUCCCUUCCCUGAUCACAACCAGAGUCCCAGGAAUACUUAUCAAAGUGCUAUGGGUAAGCAAGCCAUGGGUGUGUAUAUUACCAACUUCCAUGUGCGGAUGGACACACUCGCGCAUGUUUUAUACUAUCCACACAAACCGCUGGUAACAACCCGGUCGAUGGAAUAUCUAAGAUUCAGAGAAUUGCCAGCUGGUAUUAAUAGUAUCGUCGCCAUCUUGUGUUACACUGGUUAUAAUCAAGAAGAUUCUGUUAUUCUGAACGCCUCAGCUGUUGAGCGCGGGUUCUUUAGAUCGGUGUUUUACCGGUCGUAUAAAGAUGCUGAAUCUAAACGUAUUGGUGAUCAGGAUGAACAGUUUGAGAAACCUACGAGGCAGACAUGUCAGGGUAUGCGUAAUGCGCUGUAUGAUAAACUGGAUGAUGAUGGGAUUAUCUCGCCGGGGAUUCGUGUGUCUGGUGAUGAUGUAGUCAUUGGUAAGACGAUUAAUUUACCAGAGAAUGAUGAUGAAUUGGAUGGUACCACGAAGAGGUUUACUAAACGUGACGCUUCUACUUUCUUGAGGAAUUCUGAGACAGGAGUUGUGGAUCAGGUCAUGUUGACGUUGAAUUCUGAGGGUUACAAGUUUUGUAAAAUCAGGGUGCGAUCUGUGCGGAUUCCACAGAUUGGCGAUAAGUUUGCGUCAAGACAUGGACAGAAAGGUACUUGUGGGAUUCAAUAUCGCCAAGAGGAUAUGCCAUUUACUUGCGAAGGUCUUACACCGGAUAUCAUCAUCAAUCCUCACGAUCCCUCACGUAUGACAAUUGGUCAUUUGAUUGAAUGUAUCCAGGGUAAAGUUUCCUCAAACAAAGGAGAAAUCGGUGAUGCUACUCCAUUUAACGAUGCUGUCAACGUACAGAAAAUCUCCACGCUUUUACAAGAGUACGGUUAUCACUUGCGUGGUAAUGAGGUGAUGUACAAUGGUCAUACAGGAAGGAAAAUCAACGCGCAGGUCUUCCUUGGACCUACUUACUAUCAGCGCUUGAAACAUAUGGUGGAUGAUAAAAUUCACUCAAGAGCGCGUGGUCCUGUGCAGAUUUUGGUUCGUCAACCUAUGGAAGGUAGGGCGCGUGAUGGCGGCUUGCGUUUCGGUGAGAUGGAGCGUGAUUGUCAAAUCAGUCACGGCGCAGCGCAGUUUUUGAAAGAGCGUCUCUUUGAGGUGUCAGAUCCGUAUCGUAUACACAUUUGUAACUUCUGCGGGUUAAUUGCGAUUGCCAACAUGAGGAAUAAUACGUUUGAGUGUAAGGGUUGUAAGAAUAAGACGCAGAUUUCACAGGUGAAAUUACCGUAUGCGGCGAAGUUGCUUUUCCAGGAAUUGAUGUCGAUGAAUAUUGCACCGCGAUUGAUGGUUAUUUAAACAUUAAGUUAAUUUUAGUAUGUAUAAGAUAAAUAAUAGUUUUAUAUGAAUGAUUUCAAGAUGGAUACAUAUAAGUUGUAGUAGUUUUUCUUUAUCUGUGGAUAAUAUUUACUAUGAUUACGUUGUCCUAUUAAUAAAGGAUGAAUCUGA